CCACGCUUUGCGUUGCCCGGAGCCACAGCAAACGUAAGAUACGGAGGAGGAAGCCAAAUGCUGAAAGAGCAACUUUGAUUCGUCCAUCAUAAAUCUCCUAAAUGAAACCCUACUUGUGAUUCGUCCAAAGUAGACCAAAGCCCCCCGAGAGCUGGAUGGAGUGCGAGGUGUGAGUCCGGGUAAGGAACCUGAGAGCCAGGACUUGGUUCUGAACACUGGGGUGUGGGCAAGGUGUCACCCACCAGCAGCCUUAAGCCACACUACCGUCUCUGGAUUCUCCAUCUGCCCUGGACAGGAAGUUGUCCUGUGAUAGAUCUUAGUUUUCUCCCUUAAGAUCUUCAGCCUGGUGAUAGGAUUUCCCACUGAACCUGAAGUCCACCAACUGGCUAGGUUGGCUAGCCAGUGAGCUCCAAGGCCCUCCUUUCCCCAUAUCCUAGUGCUGGGAUCGCAGAUGGACACCCCUGCUUUUAUUUCAUGCUUAGAGUCUCUUUUCCAGUAAGCUUACAACGGAACACUUCAAUCUAUUUCCAUUGUAUUCAAAUCAUAAGGAUGGCUGGCAUGGUGCUGGGAGUGGGUGCUGGUGUGUUCCUCCUCGCUCUGAUCUGGGUGUUGGUGCUGCUGCUGUGUGUGCUGUUAUCCAGAGCCUCUGGGAUAGCUAGGUUCUCCAUUGUCUUUGUCUUCCUUGGUGCUCUGAUAAUCACUACAAUUCUUCUGCUUUUCCCUCGAGCCAGUGAAUUCCCAGCCCCAGAGGUGGAAACGAAGAUUGUGGAUGCCUUUUUCAUCGGCCGCUAUGUCCUGCUGGCUUUCCUCAGUGCAGUCUUUCUUGGAGGCCUCUUCUUGCUUCUUACUCAUCAUGUGCUGGAACCAAUCUAUGCCAAACCACUGCGGUCCUGCUGAGCAUGGUAACAGAAACAUGGGACAUUUUGAUGCCAUGGAUGAGCACAAAGGUACUCUCUGGAGCAUUGAUGACGACCUUCAUGUCUUCAGACCAGAGGCAUGACUGUUGGUCACUAAGACAAACCUCUUGAGCCCUGGCUUUCAGAACUCAGCAGCAAAACAGACUCUGGGUGUAGACUGUCACCAUCUGAAGACGGAUCCAUCCGACUGUCUUCUCGGUACCCAUACUCCCGGACUUCUGUCUCUUUUGAAUGGGAAGUAGUGACAGUGGUCUGCUUGGGGUAGAUGUUCAGUCAAGCCAUCAGUAGUGGAUCUGGGGAGAAGAAGGCUCUGUAGACCAACAGAAGAACCUGGUCCUUUUGUUUGGAAGAGAAAGGCCUUCAGACACGAAAGGCCGCUUUACUGCGAUAGCUUAGAGGUUGUGUUCGGCAGCAGUUACUGGCCACUCCUUAUGUAAUUCCACAGAGCUCUAGAAAGUGAGUGGCACUUGCCUGCGUCUGAUAAAGCAAUAAACAGCUACCAAAGGGCUUUCUCUUCAAA